GGAAUUUCCUCUUGGAUCGCUUAUGGGGGGAAGGAGGUGUGCAGAGCGGCUUUUGUGCUCUUCCCAGGAUCGAAGCCGCAGCUUUAAGAUACAGAAGAUGGCAAUAGGAGCACUCUGGACACUGAGGAUAACAAGCAACAUUGAAAAGGAAAACAAAUCAGUCCAGAAAUCAAAAUAUUUUCCAUUUCCUUCAGAGAGCCACACAAUUCUCCAACUUCCUCAGCAGGUGAGAGAGAAAAUCAAGAAGAGAUUUCUAGCUGGGAAACGGAGCGUGUGAAUUCAAGCAUAAAUUACAUGAAUGGUCAAGGGAGAUUAUUUUUCCAUUCAGCAAAAGAGGGAAAUAUCUGGAAGUUACUGGGGAGGAAAAGGAGAAUUGGAAAACCACGUAGAGCAGACAGUGUGACAGGCAUUGCUCUGGGAGGAAGAAAACGGCUUGAAACAAAACACCACCAAACAAGGGACCAUCCAUAUUUUUGAUCUCCUCAGGAAUAUGAGUUGUAGAAAAGCUCCAUAGACGUGCCCAUUGUGGGAAAGAUACAACUUGCAAAUCACAGUUGAUUAUGCAUGAGAGGAUCCAGACUGGAAAAGGCAUACAAAUACUCUGAAUGUAGCAAAACCUUUGGUCACAACAACUCCGUUUUGUUUCAUGGAACGACCCACACAGGACAGAAGCCCUAAAAGUGCUCCCAAUGCAAUAAAUGCUUUAGCAAGUAUGGCAACGUGGACUCACACCAAAGAGAAACUGUUUGAAUGUCCUGAAUGUGGGAAAUGUUUCUGUGAUAAAUCCAAACUGGUUACACACCAGAGGACUCACACAGGAGAGAAACCCUUUGAAUGUCCUGAUUGUGGUAAAAGUUUUAGUCAGAAUUCCAACCUUUUGGCACACCAAAGGACUCACACAAGAGAGAAACCCUUUCAAUGUCCUGAUUGUGGAAAAGGUUUUAGUCAUCAUUCGAGGCUGGUGGCACACCAAAGGACUCAUAGAGGAGAUAAACCCUUUGAGUGUACUGAUUGUGGUAAAAGUUUUAGUCAAAAUUACAACCUGUUGUCACACCAGAGAACUCACACAGGAGAGAAACCCUUUGAAUGUCCUGAUUGUGGGAAAAGUUUUAGUCACAAUUCCAGCUUGGUGUCACACCAAAGGACUCACACAGGAGAGAAACCCUUUGAGUGUCCUGAUUGUGGUAAAAGUUUUAGUCACAAUUCCAGCCUGAUGCAACACCAGAGGACUCACACAGGAGAGAAACCCUUUCAAUGUCCUGAUUGCGGAAAAGGUUUUAGUCAUCAUUCGGAUCUGGUGAAACACCAAAGAACUCAUACAGGAGAGAAACCAUUUGAGUGUCCUGAUUGUGGUAAAAGUUUUAGUCAGAGAGGCAUCCUGGUGAAACACAAGAGGACUCACACAGGAGAGAAAUCCUUUGAGUGUACUGAUUGUGGUAAAAGUUUUAGUCAGAAUUCCAACCUGUUGUCACACCAGAGAACUCACACAGGAGAGAAACCCUUUGAGUGUCCUGAUUGUGGGAAAAGUUUUGGUCAUCAUUCCAGGCUGGUGACACACCAAGGAACUCAUACAGGAGAGAAACCCUUUGAGUGUCCUGAUUGUGGUAAAAGUUUUAGUCAAAAUUGCAACAUGUUGUCACACCAGAGAACUCACACAGGAGAGAAACCCUUUAAAUGUCCUGAUUGUGGGAAAAGUUUCAGUAGCAAUUCCAGCCUGGUGAGACAUCAGAGGACUCAUACAGGGGAGAAACCCUUUGAAUGUCCUGAUUGUGGGAAAUGUUUUAGUCAGAGAGGCAUCCUGGUGAGACACAAGAGGACUCAUACAGGAGAGAAAUCCUUUGAGUGUCCUGAUUGUGGUAAAAGUUUUAGUCAAAAUUCCAGCCUGAUGGAACCCCUGAGGACUCACACAGGAGAGAAACCGUUUGAAUGUCCUGAUUGUGGGAAAAGUUAUAGUUGGAAUUCCAGCCUGGUGACACACCAAAGGACUUACACAGGAGAGAAACCCUUUGAGUGUCCUGAUUGUGGGAAAAGUUUUAGUCACAAUUCCAGCCUGGUGACACACCAAAGGACUCACACAGGAGAGAAACACUUUGAGUGUCCUGAUUGUGGAAAAAGUUUCAGUACCAAUUCUAGCCUGGUGACACAUCAAAGGACUCACACAGGAGAGAAACCGUUUGAAUGUCCUUAUUGUAGGAAAAGUUUUAGUCGGAAUUACAGCCUGGUGAUACACCAAAGAACUCACACAGGAGAGAAACCCUUUGAGUGUCCUGAUUGUGGGAAAAGUUUUAGUCGGAAUUCCGGCCUGAUGGAACACCAGAGGACUCACACAGGAGAGAAACACUUUGAGUGUCCUGAUUGCGGAAAAGGUUUUAGUCAUCAUUCGGGGCUGGUGAAACACCAAAGAACUCAUACUGGAGAGAAACCAUUUGAGUGUCCUGAUUGUGGUAAACAUUUCAGUACCAAUUCUAGCCUGGUGACACAUCAAAGGACUCAUACAGGAGAGAAACCCUUUAAAUGUCCUGAUUGUGGAAAAAGUUUCAGUACCAAUUCUAGGCUGGUGACACAUCAAAGGACUCAUACAGGAGAGAAACCCUUUGAGUGUUCUGAUUGUGGUAAACAUUUCAGUACCAAUUCCAGCCUGGUGAAACACCAGAGAACUCACACAGGAGAGAAAUCCUUUGAAUGUUCUCAUUGCGGAAAAAAAUUCAGUCAUAAUUCCACCCUGGCGACACACCAGAGAACUCACACAGGAGAGAAACCAUAUGAGUGUCCAGACUGUGGGAAAGAUUUCAGUAUUAGGACUACCCUUCUAAAUCAUAUGCUUAUACACACAGGGGAGAAACCAUUUGAGUGUGCCGAAUGUGGAUGUUUCAGUACCAAUUCGACCCUGGCUCAACACCGGAGGAUUCACACGGGAGAGAAACUAUUUCAAUGUCCUGAUUGUGGGAAAUUUUUCAGUCAAAAUUCCAAACUCGUGAGACACCAGAGAACUCACACAGGAGAAAAACCCUUUGAAUGUCCUCAUUGCGGAAAAAGUUUCAGUCGGAACUCUUUCCUUGUGGCACAUGAGAGAACAGGAGAAAAACCCUUCGAAUGUUCUGAUUGUGGGAAAAGUUUCAGUCAGAACUCCACCCUGGUGAAACACCAGAGAACUCACGCCGGAGAAAAACCCUUUAAAUGUUCUGAUUGCGGAAAAAGUUUCAGUCAGAAUUCCAACCUGGUGACACACCAGAAAACUCACACAGGAGAGAAACCAUAUGAGUGUCCAGAAUGUGGGAAAGAUCUCAGUAGUAUGACUAGCCUUCUAAAUCAUAUGCUUAUACACACAGGGGAGAAACCAUUUGAGUGUCCUGACUGUGGGAAAUGUUUCAGUCAGAAUUCCCAACGGAUUACACAUCAGAGUGCUCACACAAGAGAGAAACCGUUUGAAUGUCCUGAUUGUGGGAAAAGCUUCACUCAGAAUUCCAGCCUGGUGACACACCAGUGGAUUCACACAGGAGAAAAACCCUUUGAAUGUCCUAAUUGCGGAAAAAGUUUCAGUCAGAACUCCAGCCUGGUGGCACACCAGAGAACUCACACAGGAGAAAAACCCUUUCAAUGUUCUGAUUGUGGAAAAAGUUUCAGUCAGAAUUCCACCCUGGUGACACACCAAAGAACUCACACAGAAGAGAAACCAUAUGAUUGUCCAGACUGUGGGAAAUAUCUCAGUAGUGUGACUAGCCUUCUAAAUCACCAGACAACUCACACAGGAGAAAAACCUUUUGAAUGUUCUGAUUGUCAGAAAAGUUUCAGUACCAAUUCCAGCCUGCUGGUUACACACCAGAGGACUCACACAGGAGAGAAACCCUUUGAAUGUCCUGAUUGUGGGAAAAGUUUCAGUCAGCGUUCCAGCUUGGUUACACACCAGAGGACUCACACAGGAGAGAAACCCUUUCAAUGUUUUGAUUGUGGUAAAACUUUUAGUCAGACUUCCAACCUGUUGGGACACCAAAGGACUCACACAGGAGAGAAACCCUUUGAGUGUCCUAAUUGUGGAAAAAGUUUUAGUCGUCAUUCCAGCCUGGUUACACACCAAAGGACUCACACAGGAGAGAAACCCUUUGAGUGUCCUGAUUGUGGGAAAGGUUUCAAUACCAAUUCCAAUCUGGUGACACACCAGAGGGUUCACACAGGAGAGAAACCCUUUGAGUGCCCUGAUUGUGGUAAAAGUUUUAGUCAGAAUUCUAGUCUGGUUAAACACCAGAGCACUCACACAGGAGAGAAACCCUUUGAGUGUCCUGGAUGUGGAAAAAGUUUCAAUACCAAUUCCACGCUGGUGAGACACCAGAGGGUUCACACAGGAGAGAAACCCUUUGAGUGUCCUGAUUGUGGGAAAAGUUUCAAUACCAAUUCCAGUCUGGUUAGACACCAGAGGGUUCACACAGGAGAGAAACCCUUUGAGUGCCCUGAUUGUGGUAAAAGUUUUAGUCACUAUUCCAGCAUGGUGACACACCAAAGAACUCACACAGGAGAGAAACCCUUUGAGUGUCCUGAUUGUGGGAAAAGUUUCAGUACCAAUUCCAACCUGGUGAUGCACAGGAGGACUCACACAGGAGAGAAACCCUUUAAAUGUCCUGAGUGUGGAAAAUGUUUCAGUCAGAGUUCUAGUCUGGUUAAACACCAGAGCACUCACACAGGAGAGAAACCCUUUGAGUGUCCUGAUUGUGGGAAAAGCUUCACUAACAAUUCUAACCUGGUGAUACACAGGAGGAGUCACACAGGAGAGAAACCCUUUGAGUGUCCUGAUUGUGGGAAAAGCUUCAGUAACAAUUCUAACCUGGUGAUACACAGGAGGAGUCACACAGGAGAGAAACCCUUUGAGUGUCCUGAUUGUGGGAAAAGUUUCAAUACCAAUUCCAAGCUGGUGACACACAGGAGGAGUCACACAGGAGAGAAACCCUUUGAGUGUCCUGAUUGUGGGAAAAGCUUCAGUAACAAUUCUAACCUGGUGAUACACAGGAGGAGUCACACAGGAGAGAAACCCUUUGAGUGUCCUGAUUGUGGGAAAAGUUUCAAUACCAAUUCCAAGCUGGUGACACACCAGAGGGUUCACACAGGAGAGAAACCUUUUGAGUGUCCUGAUUGUGGGAAAAGUUUCAAUACCAAUUCCAGUCUGGUUAGACACCAGAGGGUUCACACAGGAGAGAAAUCCUUUGAGUGUCCUGAUUGUGGGAAAAGUUUCAAUACCAAUUCCAAGCUGGUGACACACCAGAGGGUUCACACAGGAGAGAAACCCUUUGAGUGUCCUGAUUGUGGGAAAAGUUUCAGUACCAAUUCCAGCCUGGUGAUGCACAGGAGGACUCACACAGGAGAGAAACCCUUUAAAUGUCCUGAUUGUGGGAAAUGUUUCAGUCGGAAUUCUAGUCUGGUUAAACACCAGAGCACUCACACAGGAGAAAAACCCUUUGAGUGUCCUUAUUGUGGGAAAAGCUUUAGUAACAAUUCUAACCUGGUGAUACAUAGGAGGAGUCACACAGGAGAGAAACCCUUUGAGUGUCCUGAUUGUGGUAAAACACGGCAUCAAAAUUCUCAUCUCGUUUUACACCAGAGCACUCACACAGGAGAGAAACCCUUUCAAUGUCCUGAUUGUGGGAAAAGUUUCAGUACUAAUUCCAACCUGGUGACACACCAAAGGACUCACACAGGAGAGAAACCCUUUCAAUGUCCUGAUUGUGGGAAAAGUUUCAGUACUAGUUCCAACCUGGUGACACACCAAAGGACUCACACAGGAGAGAAACCCUUUGAGUGUCGUGAUUGUGGUAAAAGUUUUAGUCACAAUUCCAGCUUGGUGAUACACCAGAGGACUCAUACAGGAGAAAAGCCCUUUAAAUGUCCUGAUUGUGGGAAAAGCUUCAGUAACAAUUCUAACCUGGUGAUACACAGGAGGAGUCACACAGGAGAGAAACCCUUUGAAUGUCCUGAUUGUGGGAAAAGCUUCAGUAACAAUUGUAACCUGGUGAUACACAGGAGGAGUCACACAGGCGAGAAACCCUUUGAGUGUCCUGAUUGUGGGAAAAGUUUCAGUCGAAAUUCUCAUCUCGUUUUACACCAGAGCACUCAUACAGGAGAGAAACCCUUUCAAUGUCCUGAUUGUGGGAAAAGUUUUAGUCAGCUUUCCAACCUGGUGAAACACCAAGGGACUCACACAACAGAGAAACCCUUUCAAUGUCCUGAUUGUGGAAAAAGUUUUAGUCAAAAUUUCAGCCUGGUGACACACCAGAGGACUCACACAGGAGAGAAACCCUUUGAAUGUUCUGAUUGUGGUAAAGGUUUUAGUCACAAUUCCAGCCUGGUGAAACACCAGAGGACUCACAAAGGAGAGAAACCCUUUCAAUGUCCUUAUUGUGGUAAAAGAUUUAGUCAGAAUUCCAACCUGUUGGCACACCAAAGGACUCACACAGGAGAGAAACCCUUUCAAUGUCCUGAUUGUGGUAAAAGAUUUAGUCAAAAUUUCAGCCUGGUGACACACCAGAGGACUCACACAGGAGAGAAACCCUUUGAAUGUUCUGAUUGUGGUAAAGGUUUUAGUCACAAUUCCAGCCUGGUGAAACACCAGAGGACUCACAAAGGAGAGAAACCCUUUCAAUGUCCUUAUUGUGGUAAAAGAUUUAGUCAGAAUUCCCACCUGUUGGCACACCAAAGGACUCACACAGGAGAGAAACCCUUUCAAUGUCCUGAUUGUGGUAAAAGAUUUAGUCAGAAUUCCAACCUGUUGGCACACCAAAGGACUCACACAGGAGAGAAACCCUUUGAAUGUCCUGAUCGUGGUAAAGGUUUUAGUCACAAUUCCCACCUGUUGGCACACCAGAGAACUCACACAGGGGAGAAACCCUUUGAGUGUCCUGAUUGUGGUAAAGGUUUUAGUCACAAUUCCAGGCUGGUGAUACACCAAAGGACUCACACAGGGGAGAAACCCUUUGAGUGUCCUGAUUGUGGUAAAAGUUUUAGUCACAAUUCCAACCUGGUGAAACACCAGAGAACUCACACAGGAGAAAAACCCUUUGAAUGUUCUGAUUGCGGAAAAAGUUUCAGUCAGAGUUCCAGCCUGGUGACACACCAGAGAACUCACACAGGAGAGAAACCAUUUGAGUGUCCAGACUGUGGGAAAGAUUUCAGUAUUAGGACUACCCUUCUAAAUCAUAUGCUUAUACACACAGGGGAGAAACCAUUUGAGUGUGCCGAAUGUGGAUGGUGCUUCAGGAGAAAUUCCACCCUUAUUGCACACAAGAAAAUUCACAUGAGGCCCCAAGUGAUGAGUGUAGAAAAGAUUUGAAUUUCAUUUCUAAAGUCCCUCUGUAAAUCCAACUGAGAAAUUGACUAUUUAAUUUGAGUACAAAGAAUUUGCCUAAUUUUUUAUAGGCAAAUAUGUAAUGGCAUUAAACUGGAAGGAGGAAGGAAAAAAUGGCAACAUAUUAGUGUGAUAAUGCCUACCUGGUCAUUAGCAGCAGAACUUGCUGGAUAUGGGUAGUUCUUGGGUUACGAAUGUAGUGGAUCCUACCCAUUCCAUCCGAAACUUGAGAAGUUAUGGGAGUGAAUCUCUUACAUUGAACGACAUCACUCCCUGCUUUCGCCCACACGGUCAUUGCUUUCUUGCUCCAGAUCAGCUUGACAAGGCAUCUGGCGCCAAUAAAGCAGCCCUGAGAGGCUGUGCGCGACUUCUUAGGGUUGCUUUCUCAUUGGCAAAUCACUUGAGGAUUGCGUUCCUGUAGGCUUUGGCAGCCCUUUGCAAAAAGCCUUUGCCUGUAGGAACAGGUACUUCGUAGGGACACACCCCACUCCUCCCAAGCUCAGUUGGUGGCAACAAAGGCAGUUUGCAAAGGGCUGCUGAGGCCCUUUGGGAAUGCAAUCUCCCAGCAGGCCUUGGCAAGGAAACGGCAAAUGGAGGGAAGGCCUGAAAGACUGAAGUCUUCCCUCCAUUUGCAAACGUCCAUGCCUCAAUUCACAGAGAAUAGAUCCCUAAAGUGUGAGAUUACUCAAGACUACUGACCUUGUGUGAUCUCGCGGUACGUUAGGCCUCUGUCCUCUGAAUGCAGGCAAAUAAAGCACAACAGAGAGAUCUUUGCAAGGUAAGUCACUCUCCACAGGCAAAAUGCCUGUGAAGACUCAGCUGGGGUUGGGAGAAUAGGGGUGAAUAUAACAGAGCCUCUGCGGUCGUUCGUAAGGAUGAACAACAGUCGUGGUGCUCCAGUAUUCAUAAUUUCGGGAUUUGUUUGUAAAUGCUGGGGGGAAGGGGGGGCUUAUCGUGUAACUUUGAACAUUUGCUAAGAGAACACUUGUAACCCAAGGAUUACCUAUAUUUAUUUUUGUAGAAAUUGUAAAAAUCUUUUUGGAGUGGUUGCUGCCAAGGAUUUAGGAUCAAAGAGUUUCAGUGGGUGAGAGAUUAAAGGAAGCCAACUUCAUUGGUGCUGGCCAGAGAUGCUUCCAAGGGCACCCAUCCUAAAUGUCUUAUGCGUCUGUAACUUUGCAUACACAGAAGUUUUCAUUAGGUCAAAGAGGGAAAAUCACAGAACCAGCAGGUCUUGAAAAGCGGGGCUUGGGAAGAGGGGAUGACUGUCUAUAUAUGCUGAGAGAAAUGUUUCCAAAAGGCAUUUCAAAAGGUUGGAAGAAAGAUUGGUAAUACAGAUGUGC